AUGGUGAAAAACAGAAAUGCAUUCAGACUAAUCGAGGCACCCACCGAUUGGAGAGUCGUGUGUCUAUCUUCUCCUCUAUCUCCGUCCAUUAUUUCUUCACCUCCACCACGGCCUCUCCCUUCCUUGAGCCCCUGCCGGCCUGCCCUACCAAGCUCCCCUGCCAUCCCCUGCCACGGCCUUGCUGGUUCGCCUGCCGUGUGCGAUGUGGACGACCAGUGGUGCCGCCGCCUGCUCUGGAUCUUGGAGGCUGCGUUGGCUGGAAGUCCCCUACUACUGCCAGAAGACGACCACGAAGUCCAUGAUCAUGUUGGUCAUGCCAAGUGCGAAAGGACCAUAGAAACGGAGGAAGCCUGCAGGAGCGGCAGUUCAUGGAAACAGAUGAAUACGUCAGUACAAGGUUUCCUACACCGUCCCAUCCCAGCAACGAAUCUUCGCUUCGUGAUAGAGGACAUGGCUUUUAUCUUUGAUCUGAACAGCAGAUGCACUUUGGAAUUGGUCAAAAACUGUAUGUGGUAUAUAGCAUCUGGCUUGAUGGUGCAGAUAUAUAAGGAACAUAUUUAGUAUCAUGGUGUAAAAAGUAGAAGCAGGUCACCUCUCUAUCUCCAUGUCCUGACAGGUUUUGAGUUGGAAUCGUGGAUUUUAUUUUAGGUAAUAAAAUGCAGUAUUCUCAUAGAGGUGUGUCCUACUGGAGUGAAAGAAAAUUCUUCUGCCCUAUAACUCAAUCUUGGUUUUUUAUUCACAGGGAAUUUCUGAUUUGGAUAGACAUACUUUAUUCGAUUUCUACCAAAAAAUAGGUCAAUCAGGAAAGCAUACUGUAAUUAUCAAUGGCGAGCUAACUUUAUUACCAUGUAAUUUCUUAUCAUACUCUUCCUUCAAAAGAAUAGAUAGUGCCUUUCAUAAUCUGUUCCCUUCAACAUUUGUGCUACUUAUGUUACUCUUUGAUGUAAACUGCAGCUAAGCAUGUUCUACAAAAAGUAGAGUUUCGCGGUUCAAGCUUAGAUCAGUGGAUUAUUUUCCUAAUGUGAUCGAUUAGAGAGGAAGGGUGUUCAAGUAACUCGAAGUUCAGUACAUCAUCAUCUUUAGGCUUUAGCAACUUUCCAUUUUCUACAAGCAUUGCUAUUUACAUAAACCUGGUGUUUUAUCAUGAUAUUUCUUUCGGUUCUUAGAAAGUAUACCACAUGAAUUUUGUCAUAUUUUAAUCUUCAUAAUGAAGAAAUUCGAAUGUUUGCAUACAUUGUUUCUGUAAAGAUGGAUUCCUCAUGCGUGAGUAUAUUUUACUAUAGCGAUGAGUAACUGGAUUGGGAUUUAUUAAUUAAAGAAAAUUGGAUUUGCAAUGAGAUCAAAUUAUUUGUAUGGUCCUGUCAUCUAGGGUUUUCUUCCUUCCCCAGAUAUAGAUCCUUGCAAAUACCUGACUGUUAGGUGAUUUAUAUCUAUUGUCGUUUCAUACUGUUUGCUGAAAUAAUGCUGCACACCAAAAUAUUUGUCCUGGAUUGAACAUAAGGCCUGCAUCGUUGGUCAUAUGUGGAAACAAAGGAGUUGGCAUGUAGGCCCUUAGCUUGCUUUUGAAGGUGUAACAUUGUUGAUUUUACCAUUGUGUGUUAGUCAAUAUAGUCAAAAUAUCAUGUUUUUUUAUCUUCUUUGGAGGGGCGUAUUAUAUUUCGUUUCCCAAUUGAUGCAGUUUAUUAUUUUAUGAAAGUAUAGUAUAAUCCAAGGUUUCUUUAAUUUACUUGCCUUUUCUCUUACAGUUUUAUUUUUGCGAAUGACAUCAUAGGAGAUUUUCCCUCAACCUUUUGAAUGCUGAAAAAUA